AUGCCCGUCGAGCCCUCCAUCCCGCCCCCGCCGCCCCCGCAGGACCAGUUCAUCGCCGAUCAGGACGCCGCCGACAGCGGCGCCGACGACGACGAUGACUCCGACAAGGCAAAGGGAGAGAAGAAGGCCGGCCGUCGCAAGAUUAAGAUCGAAUUCAUCCAGGAUAAAUCGAGGAGGCACAUCACAUUCUCAAAAAGGAAGGCUGGUAUUAUGAAAAAGGCCUACGAGCUUUCUACCCUCACUGGCACACAGGUGCUUCUGCUCGUCGUCUCCGAGACCGGCUUGGUCUACACGUUCACCACCGCCAAGCUGCAACCCCUCGUCACGCAGCCAGAGGGCAAGAACCUCAUCCAAGCAUGUCUUAACGCUCCUCAUGGCCAACUUCCGUCCUCCAUGCCCAUUGGGCAGCCACUUGGGCGUGCCGCAUCCAUGGGUGGCCCCCACCACAGCAACGUCCCAGGUGGUCUCUCCAUCGGUGCAGGCAAGGAUGACGGCGACGACGGCGAUGGUGAAGGUGACCGUCCGGGCAAGCGCCGACGUCGUGCAUCUACAGCGGGUGGUCGCAACACUCGCAACAGCGCAUCUGCUGCUGUUAACCCUCCACAAUCCCCGCACAGUCCAGCACAGCCGGGCGCUCCUCCUCUCUCCAUCCCUCAAGGAGGUCAGCACCCCGGCGCAUCCCAGCCGCAGUCUGCCAUGCCCAUCGGUCCUUCGCCCACCUCUGCUUCACCAUCCCAGGCACCCACGUCUCCUCACUAUGCUCAUUCCAGUCCAAACACUACGUACCAUACCGCGCCUGGCCAGGAAAUAUAUCCCGGUCAGCAGGGCGGACUGAUGGCGCCCCCACAAGGACCACCAGGUGGCCAGUACCCAUCGUUCAAUGCCCCUGGACAAGGAGCUGCGACGGGGCAUUGGCCGCAUGGGACCAGUACAGUUCAGGGUGGAAACUAUGGGAGGCGGUGA